AUGGAGGACCAUGGAAUCGUAGAAACUUUGAAUUUGUUAUCGUCAACAAAAAUCAAAGAGAGAAACAGUGCUUUAGAUGAGUUAACAACAGUUCUAAAAGAAAAUCCGGAGAGAAUACCAACCAAGGCCCUACCUACAACAGCAGAUGCUUUGGUAGAGUUACUUGCAUCUGAACACACAAAAUAUUGUGAACUUCUCCGAAACUUGACAAGGUUAACAACAAAUAAGUUGUCACUUAGUGAGAACAGACUCUCUACGAUAUCAUACGUUUUAAGAUUAUUUGUAGAAAAGUCGUGUGGAAGAUUUAAAGUGAAAACGUUAAAGUUACUUUUAGCAGUAAUACCUGAACUUAUGGUCAAAGAGGGGUCCAAAAGUUUAUUGGAUGCAGUUUCAGUACAUUUGUCGUUCGCCCUAGAUGCCUUAAUUAAAAGUGACCCUUUCAAACUUAAGUUCAUGGUGCACCAGUGGACAUCCUUAGUCGACAAAAUUUGUGAGUACUUUCAAAACCAAAUGAGAAUAUCCAUGGUAAACAAAACAUUGACCAAUUUUGUAUCAAUCCUCCUGAACUUAUUGGCAUUAGACACAGUUGGUAUAUAUCAAGUUGCAAGGAUAAUUACUUGGACCGUGAUAGAUUUUCUGAAGCUCAGUAAAAAAGAAAAUGGAAAUACGAGAUUAAUAAUGUCAUUAAUCAAUCAAUUGAUUUUGAAGUGCCAUUGUUUGAGCGUUAUUGAUACACUAAUGCUUAUAAAGGAAGCAUGGAGUUACAACCUCACGAUUGGCUGCACUUCCAAUGAACUAGUACAGGAUCAAUUAUCACUGUUUGACGUUAUAUCAAGUGAACUAAUGAACCAUAAGCUUCCAUAUAUGAUAGGUCAAGAAAAAUAUGCUGAAGAGUUUUGCUCGGAAUCUCUCGUGUCACUGUACCGUGAAUACAUUCUACUACGUUUAAGUAAUUACAAGCCUCAAUUGUUCACAUUAGAUUGUAUCGAAUUCUCAUAUACUCAAAGUUCAAGAGAUGAAAAUACAUGGUUUGUAUUACAUGAUUUUAGGCUUAGGGAUAGAGAAGGCGCAUCAGUAUGGCUAAACGUAUUCGGGAUUACGAAAUCAUUAUUAACAUAUUUUGCAUUGUACAACAAAAGUGAAAAUAACUCAUUACUAUUCAAAAAAAGAAAAUGCGAUUCGGAUAUACCUUCUAUCCUGCGAAUUUCUGAUGAUAUGGACACUUUUCUUAUCCAUCUUUUAGAGGAAAGUAGGUUACACGAGUUUGAAUUGCUGGGAUUACAAUUAUGCUCAUUUUAUGGAACGCUAAAAGACGUUACUAAAAAUUUCACAAGCCAAUUAAAAGAACUUCUGUUUUCAAAAUUCGAAAAAAUACAAUGUUUUAAUUGGGUUUGCUUUUCAUUCAUUCCUUUGUUAUCUCAAGAAAAAUGCGAAUUAAGCAAUGACGACAUGACGCGCCUAUUUAAAGUUUGCUUACCAUUAGUGAAAUCAAAAGAAUCUUGCCAAAUAAGUUGUGUUUUAUUAGCCAACUCCAUAAAGUUUUCGAAGCAGCUUUUAUUCGAUGAGAAAACUAUCAAUCAAAUACACGAUUUUUACGAGUUAUCUGAUAUUUUGGGUCCCAUAUCGAUUACUAAUGAAUCAUUCAUGUUAUGGGGGUACCUUCAGCAUUUUGGUAAAGAUUUUCAAUCUAUGAAUGGUAUGUCAUCCGCGGAUAGAAUUUUUGAGUGGCUGAAAUCAAAGUGGAACCAAUUGCACGGAACUGAUGAUAAGCAGGACCAAUUCUGCAAUUUUAUAUCUUGGUUAGGUAACAAAUAUGAUCCAGAGAAUCCAUUUAAUGACAAAAAACGCAGGAGAACGAAUCCUGUUCCACCAUGUUGGAAUGAAAGCUAUAUGAUCUGGCACCAUUUCCAAGAGCAGCGGAAGUUUCUUCUAUGUGUAAAACCGGAAGGAAAGUCGAAAUGUUUCAGCACUCCCUUUUUCAAUUUACCAAAAGUUCCCUUAAACCUUACACGAUACAACGAAACUCUUUACAGGUUAUUGGAAAAUAUUGAAAGUGACACAUUGUCAUCACCUUUACAAAAAUUCACUUGGGCAGCAAAACUAAUACAAAUCAUUGAUAAUCUUUGUGGAGAUUCCACUUUUUUUGAGUUUAUUACGGCAUAUAAGAGAACAGUCUCACUAACUAUUCCGCAACUUAGUCUCGAUAACCAAAACUCCUACGAAUCAUUCUUUGAGGACGUUUUAUCAAUACAUACCACAAAUGUAGACCAUGUGGUGCUUGACAAGAUUAACAUGAAAAAAAUCGUCAAUGAUUUUAUCAAGAUACAGAAAAAGAAAUCUCAAGGAGGAACUUCUGCCGUCAAUUACUUUGAAGCCUCUUCAGAAGAGAUUGCUCAGAAUAAUAGUCCGUACACAAUUGGAGGUAGGUUCCAGGAGCUUCAGCACUCGGCGAUGGAUAAGGCAGUGCAAGCCUACCUAUGGGCUUCAAAAAAUAAAAGCAUCUCAGAGCGUUUGAUAGCUAUAUUGGAGUUUUCCGAUUGUAUUACUACAGAUGUAUUUAUAUCUUAUCUUGGUACUGUUUGCCAGUGGUUAAAACAAACAAUCGCUGACACAUCCUCCUACAACAAAAUUCUGGAAGAAUUUACAGAAGUUUUGGGCGAAAAGUUGCUUUGCAAUCACUACAGCUCUUCCAAUCAGGCUAUGCUUUUACUCACAUCUUAUAUAGAAGCAAUAAGACCGCAAUGGUUAUGUUAUCCUGGCCAGCCCCUGAAUUCUGACUGUAAUGAUAUCCUCGACUGGAUAAUAUCAAGAUUUGAAGACAAUUCUUUCACUGGUGUGGCUCCUACGGUUAACCUUUCUAAGCUGCUGCUUAGUCUACUUCAACAUCAUGAUCUUUCCCAAGGAACAGUCAGAGGCGGGAAGCAGAGGGUUUUUGCGACGUUCAUCAAGUGCCUACAAAAGCUGGACUCGUCCAGUAUUAUUAGCAUACUUAACAUUAUUUCAAAUUAUAUGGCUCAAGUGAGCUACAAGAACCAAAGUAUCAUAUUUUCUGAAAUCAAGGGCUUAUUUGGCCCGCCUCAGCAGAGUCUUGAAAAAUCUGCUUCUUACUCACUUACAAUGUCCAUGUUGUCUCUGGUGUCCUACCCAAGUCUAGUUUUUUCUUUGGAAGAUAUGAUGACAUACUCGAGCUUUAAUCAUACCCGUGCGUUUAUCAGACAAGCUCUAAACAAAAUUAUAGUCGCUUUACGCCAUAAAAACCUUAUGGAACUCUUCGAAUACUGUAAAUUUGAUUUGAUCAUGUACUGGUUUAACAGAACAAAGGUCCCUAGUGCUAAAUUAGAAAAAGAAUGGGAUAUAUCUCUUUUUGGAUUUACUAACAUUCAUGAAUUUCUAGGAAGAUAUUUUGUGGAAAUUUCUGCUAUUUAUUUUUCCCAAGGUUUCAACCAAAAAUGGAUUUUAGACAUAUUACACACAAUUACUGGAAAUGAUGACGCUUACCUGGUGGACAAUAGCUAUUACUUAUGUAUUCCACUUGCCUUUAUCAGCGGCGGUGUGAAUGAACUAAUAUUUGACAUAUUGCCCCAAAUAUCAGGUAAACCAACGGUAAAAUACCACCGAAAAUAUCGCUUACUGAUGUUAAAGUGGAUCAUAAGAUUUAUUGAUUUGGGCUCUCUUACGGAACUUAGGUCGAUUGUUGAAAAGCUAUUCCCAACUUCAUACCUUUCCCAAUAUUUAUUUGAAAAUUCUAGUGUUUCUAUGAGGUACCAAUACCCACUCCAUAUACCCUUAGCUUUGGGGGCAAGCUUACUUCAGACACAGUUUGCUCGCGAGAAAAAUAGCACCCAAGAAUUCAAGCUUUUAUUUCUGUCAGUUAUUACAGACCUUGAAAAGACAUCCACUUACAUGGGAAAACUGCGAUGUGCAAGGGAGUUGAAAUUCCUUUUUGUGUUAUAUGAGAAUGUACUUGUAAAGUCAUCAACCCUAAACUUUAUCAUAAUUCGGCUUUCAAAAUUCUUGAUAGAUACACAUAUUCAUGAUGAAAUAAUAACCAUUUUUAGCUCGUUGUUAAAUCUGGCUAACAAAAAGAUGUUUAAAAUAGAAGCAUCUUUACCCAACUUAUUUUGCAAAAUAUUUAUUUAUUUGAGGGAAUAUAAACAGCUCAGUCCGUCUUUUCAGCAGGCUAUUAAGCUAUUAGAGCGUUGGGAUCUCGUCAAAAUAAAAACUUGGAAAUAUUGCCUUGACGCGAUAUUCGGACAUGUAAUCCAAAAUGAUAUUUAUGAAAAUACGGAACUUUUGGACGCUAGUAAUUGUAAUAUAGACAAUGUUGUAUUGGUUUCUUUACUCUUUUCAUACGCUAAGAAACCAGUAGCUUCAAAAAUUGAUUGUUUCCUCUCUAAUGCAGCUGCAAUUAACAUUUUGAAACAUCAUGUUCCAAAGGAAUAUCUAAGCAAAAACUUCAAGUUAUGGUUUGCUACUCUUUCAAGAAGCAUUUCACGGGAAGAAAUUGAAAUAGAGAGUACCUCAAACUUUAACAAUGAACUUCAUUUGAAAAACUUUGAAAUGGUGUUUCACCACCCUGGGCUACCGCAUAUGAUAUACCGACGUAUUUCAAUCUUCAACAAGCAAGCUGAGUUAGAUAAUUCUACCGAAGUGUUUUUUCUUUCUGAGUGCAUUCUAACAUACUUAGUGGGGUACUCAAUGGAAAAUAGCGAGACUGAAUUUGGCUUUACGGAGAAGUUAUUGGAUGAGAACAAAGAUAAAGUUGUUCCAUUGGAUAAGGAUGUGCUAAAUGCCAUACGCCCGUUGGCAAACAAUUUUGGAAUGGAGUCAUUCAUAUGUGAUAGUUAUUUGUCAGUAAACGAGCCGUACGACUGCUGGAUAGGCAAAUUCGCCCGUGGCUUGAUCCAUCAAAUAUCAUUUAAUAUACCGCCUAUUAUUUGCUUGUAUCCUUUAUGCAAAGCAUCGAUAACGUUUUGUGAAUUAGUACUUAAUGACUUAUUUUUCCUUUCAAUGACUUACGAUCCAAAGAGUUGUUUGAGGUGGAGCAGUCAAAUCUUUACCCAAAUAGCAACGUUGCUAAAUGUUAGAGAUUCUGAGAUAAAGCUGAAACUGCUUUUCGGUGUAAUCAAAAUGAUUAGGAUGGGUUCAAGAUACAAGGAACGAAACUGUUUGCGCACGUAUUCUAGCUUAAAUUUAGAAGAAAUUUGCCAGAUCUCUAUUAAAAUAGAAGAGUUCAAGUUUAGCUAUUUAUUGUUCGAGGAAAUGAACAUGCCAAAAACUAGAGAAAUGAAUAUAAAUACGCUUCAAAAAAUUUACGAAUCCAUAAAUGAUGGCGAUUUUAUAGCAGGUUUACCUGUUCCACACUCAAUAGAGGGCGUUUUGAACUCUAUCAAUAGAAUUGAAUCAGAUACAUGGAAGCGUUUUCUUUUCAACAAUGCCAAUUUUGAUGCUAAUUACACCACUUCACUUGAAGAAGAAAAAGAACCAUUAAUCAAGGCCACUGAAGAUAGCGGUUUUUACGGCUUGACCAGCUUAUUGGAAAGUAGACUUUCAGGAUCCAGUGAUGUUUACAAGUGGAAUUUAGAACUGGGAAACUGGAAAUUACUGACCCCAAAAAUUAUUGACUCCAAGGCGAAAGGAUUAUACUAUGCUAUAAAGAAUUUACCGCAAGACGUUAGUUAUGCUGAAAAAUGUUUAGAGAAAUCUUUACUAACAAUUUUUGAUUCUAGACAACAUUUUACUAGCCAAAAUGAAUGGAUGGAUACUUUGAAUGCAAUUAUUGAAUUUAUAAAAAUAGCAUCAAGCUCUCAGAAUAUUUGUUCUUUCCCGCAAACAUUAAUGUCUAUUAUAAAGGCUGAUAAGGAGAGACUGAAUACUAUAGACUUCUAUGAUCACAAAGCAACGUUAAAAGGUAGGCACACUUUAAUGAAUGUGCUCUCGAAGAAUUCACUAGAGGAAAACGCGGAAUGCUCAAAAUGUUUACACCUCGGAUCUAUUAUUCAGCUUGCUAAUUACAUCCAGUUAGCAAUUGCCAAUGGUGCGUCUCAAGACGCGCUACGAAACGCGACUCUAAUGAGCAAUAUGGUUAAGAAUACCGCAAAGUUAUAUGAAGAUCCCUCUGUAUUAUCCCAAAUUGAGAAAUUAGCAAGUUACAUGUCUGCCAAUGCCCUUUGGGAGUCUCAAGAGUACAAGGCACCUGUAAUGAUAAUGAGAGAUCUAGUAGCUCGAAAUGAGAAGAAUACUAGCGAAGGUACACUCUACGGCGAUUUUGAGUUACUUCUUGAUGUGCCCAUGGACCAAAUCAAAGCUCGGUUGGUUAAAUGGAGCUCGGAAUCAAGGCUUGAAUCAGCUGCAGCUAUAUAUGAGGAAAACAUUGUUAAUUGGGAUAUAAAUGUCGAUGACCAUGAAUCAUGUUCUGAUGUUUUUUACACACUCGGAAGUUUUCUUGAUGAACAGGCGCAAAAGUUACGAUCGAAUGGAGAAAUCGAAGAUAGAGAACACAGGUCACAUACUGGAAAAGCUACCUUGAAAGCUUUGGAGCUAAUAUAUAAAAACACAAAAUUACCAGAAAAUGAAAGAAAAGACGCAAAAAGGCACUACAAUCGUGUUAUGCUACAAUAUAAUAGAGAUUCAGAAAUACUAAAAGCACUGCUUCUUCAAAAAGAAAAGUUCCUAUGGCAUGCGCUUCACUUCUAUCUCAACACCUUAGUUUUCAGCAAUAGAUAUGAUAAUGACAUUAUUGAUAAAUUUUGUGGGUUGUGGUUCGAGAAUGAUGACAAUAGUAAGAUCAAUCAAUUGCUAUAUAAAGAAAUUGGGACAAUACCGAGCUGGAAGUUUUUACCCUGGGUCAAUCAGAUUGCGUCAAAAAUAUCUAUGGAGGAGAACGAAUUUCAGAAGCCAUUGCAACUAACUAUGAAACGGCUCCUUUACAAACUACCAUAUGAUUCUCUUUAUUCAGUGAUGAGCAUACUGCUAUAUGAAAAGCAAUCCAAUAAGGAUACGAGCAUAUCGCAAAAAAUUCAAGCUGUCAAAAAGAUUCUUCUAGAAUUACAAGGAUAUGACAAAGGCGCUUUUGCGAAAAAGUAUGUACUUCCUGUGCAAGAGUUCUGUGAGAUGUCUGUAGAGUUAGCUAAUCUUAAGUUUGUACAAAACACCAAGAAGUUGCAUUUAGCUAAUUUGAAGAUUGGUCAAUAUUGGCUGAAUCAGCUAAGCAUGGAGAAGCUUCCCCUGCCGAUGAGUGAUUUUACAGUCAAAAGUUCCGCUGAUGGAAGAAAAGCCCGCCCUUAUAUUGUAUCCGUUAAUGAAACAGUAAGCAUCACAACUACGGGAUUGUCUCUUCCAAAAAUAAUCACCUUCAACAUCUCAGAUGGUACCACGCAGAGGGUGUUGAUGAAAGGUAGCAAUGAUGAUUUAAGACAAGAUGCAAUUAUGGAGCAAGUGUUUAGACAAGUUAAUAAAGUCCUACAAAAUGAUAAAGUAUUGAGAAAUUUAGAUUUGGGUAUUAGAACAUAUAAAGUAGUUCCAUUAGGACCGAAGGCGGGAAUUAUUGAAUUCGUCGCAAAUUCUACGUCACUACAUCAAAUUUUGAGUAACCUACAUAAAAACGAUAAGAUAACCUUCGAUCAGGCAAGAAAAGCCAUGAAAGCGGUGCAAACGAAAUCAAAUAAAGAGAGGCUGAAAACUUAUUUAAAAAUCACAGAUGAAAUAAAACCUCAAUUAAGAAACUUUUUUUUCGAUUCUUUUCCUGAUCCACUCGAUUGGUUUGAAGCUAAGAAGAAAUACACAAAAGGUGUCGCAGCUAGCUCCAUUGUUGGAUACAUAUUAGGCCUCGGUGAUAGGCACCUGAACAAUAUCUUACUUGAUUGCUCAACAGGGGAACCCAUUCAUAUAGAUUUGGGAAUUGCGUUUGAUCAGGGGAAAUUACUUCCCAUUCCAGAGUUGGUCCCUUUCAGAUUAACUAGGGAUAUUGUUGAUGGAUUUGGAGUCACAGGCGUUGAUGGUUUAUUCAGGCGAAGUUGUGAAAGAGUUUACGCAGUAUUAAGAAAAGAUUACGUCAAGGUGAUGUGUGUUUUGAAUAUCUUAAAAUGGGAUCCGCUUUAUUCAUGGGUAAUGUCGCCAGUUAAAAAAUACGAACACUUAUUUGAAGGAGAACAUGAAACUACAAAUUUUGAUAACGUCAGUAAAUUCAUAGGUCACAACGACAGGAAUGAAAACCAAGAGUCCUAUAGAGCUCUUAAAGGUGUUGAAGAAAAGCUUAUGGGUAAUGGUUUAAGUGUAGAAUCUAGCGUACAAGACUUAAUUCAGCAAGCGACAGAUCCAUCAAAUUUGAGCGUUAUAUAUAUGGGAUGGUCACCUUUUUAUUAA